GAGACAAAAGAGGCUGCGGCUGCAUUGAAUGUGCUGGUGGUGUGUCCGUCUCCGAAGCCACAAGCAAACCACAUUCAACCACCACCGCCUCCCUCCUCUCUCUCCUCCAUCUAGCUCUGGCCUCUUUUUUUUUUUUUUGCUGAAAAUACAUCGAAGGGAAGAGAGAGGGGAGAAAACAAUUUGACGAUAUUGCUGGAAGCGCGCAAGUUGGGGACUUGGAAAGAGAGAAAGAGAGAAGAGAGGAGCUCCCUGGGAUCGGAUCGGACCGGGUGUUUCUCUUCCCCCUUCGUCCUUUUACUACGCGUCGCUGCGGUGCGGGCUUGGAGGAGAUAUAAGCCAGAACAAAGGAGUCUUGAAGCGAGGAAUGAGCGAGUCGAGACUAGCUCUGCGUUCGCCUCUGAAUCCGGGCCAAAUGCCUCAGUGAGAGACCGACGAUAGUACAUCGGCUGCUCGCAUUUUCUCGACGAAGCUUUCCGCCCCGAAAAGGGAGAAAGAAGACACACAAAAAAGACGCACACGGGGACGCACAAGUCGGCGGCUACGAUGUUUCCUCAAAACCGACCACCGGCACCUCUGCAGCCGCCCCCGGGGUCCUCGGCCUCAGUGGUGGCAGCGGCAGCAGCAGCAGCGGCGGCAGCUUCGGGGACGCCCCAGUCGCUGAAGCUAACCUACCCAGAAACCCUGGACCGCAUCAAGGAGGAGUUUCAGUUCCUGCAGACCCAGUACCACAGUUUGAAGCUGGAGUGUGAGAAACUGGCCACAGAGAAAACAGAGAUCCAGAGACACUACGUUAUGUAUUAUGAAAUGUCCUACGGCCUUAACAUUGAAAUGCACAAACAGACGGAGAUUGCCAAGCGGUUGAACGUGAUCUGUGCUCAGCUCAUCCCCUUCCUGUCACAGGAGCAUCAACAACAGGUGGUCCAGGCUAUGGAACGCGCCAAACAGGUGACCAUGGGGGAGCUAAAUGCUUCGAUAGGGGUACGUGGGCUCCCCCCUCUGCCUCAUAGCCAACAGCUCCAGGCCCAGCACCUCUCCCAGCAUGCCCAGGGUCUUCCGGUGGGCCCACACCCGUCAGGACUACCCCACCCGGGUCUGGCGCUCGGUGGAGGGUCCGGUCUGCUGGCCCUGUCCGGGGCUUUAGGGGCCCAGCUGGCUGCCAAAGAUGAGAGAGCGCACCUGGAGGCAGCAGCAGCAGCCGCCGCCGCUGCAGAGCACCACAGAGACCGUGAAGCAGGACCAAGCUCUCUGUCCAAUGGGGAUAAGGGUCGGCCGGCAGACUACCUCAGCAACGGCAAGAAGAGGAAAGCUGAUGAGAAGGAGUUCAUGACAGACUAUGGCAGCGAUGCAGAUAAGAGUGAUGAUAAUUUGGUGGUGGAUGAGGACCCGUCGUCUCCCCGCAGCGUUCAGUCCUACUCGUCCAGGGAAAAUGGUUUGGACAAGAUCCCUCCGUCCCGUAAGGAGGGUCCUCCACAGGCCAGUCCCACCUCGCUGGCCUCCUCCAGCAGCGCCACCUCCCCGUCUCGUGGCAAAGAUCCUCCACAGAGAGAGAAGUCCAGCACUCCAGGUAUGAAGCCGGGGACACCGAUGUCUCAGGAGUCCAACACACCGGGACCCAGCGGACCUCCACAGUUCAGACCGGUGCCCGGCAAACCGGGCGUCGACCCCCUUGCUCUGGGUCUGAGGAACCCCUUGGCGGUGCAGGGAGCCUACCCCCCGGGGGCGUUCGGCCUGCCCCCUCCAGGGGUGAACGGGGACCUGCCCGGGGCGGCGGGGUACGGCGCCGGCCUCCACUUGGUUUCCCCGCAGAUGAACGGAGCUGCAGCGGCGGCGGCAGCAGCUGCUGCAGGCUAUGGCCGGUCCCCUGUGGUGGGCUAUGAGUCUCCACACCCACAUAUGAGGGUCCCUGGGCUGCCUGCCAGCCUCCAGUCAGCCGCCUCCGGGAAACCCGCCUACUCGUUCCACGUGAGCGCCGACGGGCAGAUGCAGCCGGUGCCCUUUCCCCCCGACGCCCUGCUGGGUCCUGGAAUCCCCCGUCACGCCCGGCAGAUCCACACCCUGAACCACGGGGAGGUGGUGUGCGCCGUCACCAUCAGCACCUCCACGCGCCACGUCUACACCGGAGGCAAAGGCUGCGUCAAGGUGUGGGACAUCAGCCAGCCUGGAAGCAAGAGCCCCAUGGCCCAGCUGGACUGUCUGAACAGGGAUAACUACAUCCGCUCCUGCAAGCUGCUCUCCGACGGGCGAACCUUGAUUGUCGGUGGAGAGGCCAGCACACUGUCGAUCUGGGAUCUGGCCACGCCCACUCCCCGCAUCAAGGCGGAGCUGACGUCGUCGGCUCCAGCCUGCUACGCUCUGGCCAUCUCCCCCGACAACAAGGUCUGCUUCUCCUGCUGCAGUGACGGCAACAUCGUUGUCUGGGACCUCCACAACCAGACGCUGGUCAGGCAGUUCCAGGGCCACACAGACGGAGCGAGCUGCAUCGACAUCUCCAACGACGGCACCAAGCUGUGGACGGGAGGGCUGGACAACACGGUCCGCUGCUGGGACCUCCGAGAGGGACGCCAGCUGCAGCAACACGACUUCACCUCGCAGAUCUUCUCUCUGGGCUACUGUCCGACAGGCGAGUGGCUGGCUGUGGGAAUGGAGAGCAGUAACGUUGAAGUCCUGCACGUCUCCAAACCUGACAAGUACCAGCUGCACCUCCACGAGAGCUGCGUUCUCUCCCUAAAGUUCGCCUACUGCGGUAAAUGGUUCGUGAGCACGGGCAAAGAUAACCUCCUGAAUGCGUGGCGGACACCUUACGGAUCCAGCAUAUUCCAGUCUAAGGAGUCUUCGUCAGUUCUCAGCUGUGAUAUCUCCCCUGACGACCAGUUCAUCGUCACCGGCUCCGGGGACAAGAAAGCUACAGUCUAUGAAGUCAUCUACUGAACUCUGAUUGGCUGAAAAAAAAAAAAACCUAAUAAUCUGGGGGCGGAGCAAAGACUCCCUCCUGCACCAAUGACUGUACAGAGCGUCGGCGGCAUGGAAAAGCAAGAGACACUCAACUUGUACUUUGUUGUUUCGUUUACGUUUGUGAAAGCAAAGAGAGAAAGAGAAGCGAGGAGGUGCAAAAAGUCACAUCUCUGGAAAACUUUGAUUUUAAUGCUCUGAGAACGCUGGUUAGUCUAUAGCUGCGCAAAUGUGGGAUUCCUCCAAAGAACUUUUGUUUUUGUUCCUAUUUUUUGUUCCUUUUUUAACAAAAUGAAACCUCUGUAGUGAACAAGAAAUUAGCAAAAAAAACCAACAAAAAAACGAAAAAAAACUUAUUUUUUUAGCCUUUGAAUUUUUCGCAAACAGUUGGACCGCAUUGAGUGGGGGAAAAAGACGGAGGCAUCGGGGAGGGCUGGAAAACUCUUAAUGGAAAAAUACGGUCCAUAUUCUGUCCAAGCCUGAGUCAGCUUGGCCCGCUUUGGCCCGGUCUGGUCCAGCUCAGUCUGUGGCACGAGGAGGCUGCUCCUCGGGGCAGCAGAUGCGUGGCAGAUGGUGGUGAUGGUGUGCUGUGAGGUUCCAGCUAUGGUGUUUUUCUUUUAUUCAUUGGCCUCCUGGUUAUGUUUCUGCAGCAACAUGAUUGUAUCAUCUCUGUGCAUACGGGACAGAACAGGGCUCGGCUUCCUCUGAAGUGUCCUGGGACUCAGAUUGUCUUUGUUCUUUUUACUUCUUCCUUUUUCUUUCUUUCUUUACAUAAAGUACAAAGAUGAACUUAUCUGGAAGAUGUUUUAGGGAAAACCAACCUCAAACAGAAGACAGACAACUGAAGUCAUUUCAAACAGGUAGUCUCCAGAUCCAGGACUCGGCCUCUGCUGCGUCAUCUUUAACACUCAACGUUACAUGUGUUUUUCUAUUGUAUUUGUUAGGGCACAUACAGACAGACAGACAGACAGACAGACAGACAGACAGACAGACAGACAGACAGACAGACAGACAGACAGACAGACAGACAGACAGACAGACAGACAGACAGACAGACAGACAGACAGACAGACAGACAGACAGACAGACAGACAGACAGACAGACAGACAGACAGACAGACAGACCAGUAUUUUCACAGCCGCA